AUGGCAUCCACCGACGGUACGAGCAUGCUUUUCGCCCAGUACUGGGUCCCGGAAACCCGCUUCCCAGCCUUCCAGAUGGCCGCGCUCGAAUCCGAACACUUCUAUGCGAUCGAACGCGGAUGCUACGCGCUCGAUGGCUACACGGGCAACGUCAUUGUGACCUUUGUCUUCUCGGAAGCCAUGGUCGACUACAUGCUGCCCUGGGCUCGACGCCUGCCUGGUUUCCAGUCGUACUCGUUCCAUCCCAACGCUAUCAGGAGGGAGUACUUCUAA